AAUUAUUUCCUAGUCAUUUGAAGAAACAGUGAUAUAUUUUUGUUGAUUUAUUGAUAGUAUAGCCAACUGAUUUUCAUUGUUUCAGAAUUAUGGACAACCCAGACACCAUAAACAACCGAGACAAGGACAACCCGGCUGAUGAAGAACAAACUGGAGGACACCAAAAAAGAUCCAUGGACAACCCAGACAAGGAUAAUCAAGGCCAAGACAACCCCGAAAAGGACAAUCUGGCUGCUGGAGAACACCAACAGAGGUACAAGCGGUUCUCAUAUACCAUUGACACUCUCCAAAAAGCAAUAGAAGAAGUGAAGGCAGGAAGAAUAUCAUCCAAUAAAGCUUCCAAGGAAUAUGGAAUUCCAAAAGGUACUCUGAUAAAGAAACUCCAUUCAAAUGAGCCCUUAAGAUUGAAAAUGGGACCAUCAUCAGUUCUAACCAAUGAUAAAAAAUGGAUGGAAUUAUUUCUAAAAAGGCAUCCCAAGAUAGGUUUUAGAAAUUCUGAAAUAGUUAGUAGGGCAAGGGCUUUGGUCACAGAAGCAAAGAUUAGGGAGUGGUUUGAUGAGUUAGUGGAAUAUUUGAAAGAAGAGAAGUCAGAGGACAUUCUAAACUGUCCUGAUAGGAUCUACAAUCAUUACAUACAUACUGCAUACAUUAAAUAUUAUGUAAUUUCAAUGCUGCAGGUGAUAUUCUUAAACCCAUGA